AUGGCCUCUUCUCACUCUAGUGGCUCCAAUGUCGUGGGCGGGCACUACCGCGUCGGCAAGAAAAUCGGCGAGGGGUCGUUCGGUGUGAUUUUCGAGGGUACCGACCUCUUGACCCACCAGCGCAUUGCGAUCAAGUUUGAGCCCCGCAAGAGCGAUGCGCCGCAGCUGCGUGAUGAGUAUAGGACGUACAAAGUGCUCAGCGGGAGCGCUGGCGUGCCCCAGGUGUACUACUUUGGCCAGGAGGGCCUGCACAACAUCUUGGUGAUCGACCUGCUGGGUCCUUCGCUCGAAGAUCUGUUUGACCUGUGCGGCCGCCGAUUCAGUGUCAAGACCGUGGUGAUGGCCGCGAAGCAGAUGAUUACCCGCGUGCAAGCGAUUCAUGAGCGCAACCUGAUCUACCGCGACAUCAAGCCCGACAACUUUUUGAUCGGACGCAGCAGCAACAAGUCCGCCAAGACCGUGUUUGUGGUCGACUUUGGUAUGGCGAAGCAGUACCGGGACCCCAAGACGAAGCAGCACAUUCCCUACCGCGAGCGCAAGAGCCUCAGCGGCACGGCACGGUACAUGAGUAUCAAUACACAUCUGGGCCGUGAGCAGUCUCGUCGUGACGACCUCGAGGCGCUCGGACACGUCUUUUUGUAUUUCCUGCGUGGCUCGCUGCCGUGGCAGGGCCUCAAGGCGGCUACGAACAAGCAAAAGUACGAAAAGAUCGGCGAGAAGAAGCAGAGCACGCCCAUCAAGGAGCUCUGCGACGGCUACCCCGAGGAGUUCGGCAUCUACCUGAACUAUGUCCGCAAGCUCGGCUUCGAAGAGACGCCCGACUACGACUUCCUGCGCGAGCUCUUCACCAAGGUGCUCAAGAACCGCGGCGAGGUCGAGGACGGCGUCUACGACUGGAUGCUCCUCAACAAUGGCCGUGGUUGGGAGAACGAGGCGAGGAGCGAGCCCGCACAAGAACGCCCCACCGAGGCCGUACAGAACGGCACGGCGGCGCAGGGCGGUGCAGGCGCACAAUUGACGCAGGCCGCCAAUACACGACUCAAGCCGCAAGCAGACCUCGGGACCGGCGUCAGCACGACCGAGAUCCGCACGGAGCAGGGCUACCCCGGCCUCGCCGAAAACACCACGCAGCAGCGCCAGACGGUACGCUCGCCCCAUGCCGGCGCCGCACAGGAGACGAGCGCACGCCACGACGAUGCGCCCGCCACCCGGCCCCCACCCCAGGCGCGACGUGACACGAAGCGCACAGAGGCCCGCGAGAGUGCGCAGGCGCCCAACGCCUACUACCAGCGCCCGGCGUACGCUGCGCAGCACGCGCCAGAGCGCCGCUCGUUCGGCCAGCGCUUUUUGGACUUUUUGUUGUGUCGCUGCGAGUAG